AUGGCAUUGCAGACCAGGCUAGAUCCAAUGAAUGCCUCUCCCUACCACCCGAAGGUGAGGGUGUCGUUGAAGCUGGCCGAGCCACUAUUCGUCGCAGGAAGUACUAUUACUGGGAAAAUGGAGGUGGAAUGUAAAGCAGACAAAGGGUUAGGUAUUGGCGUAAUAAUGGCAGAGUUGUUUGCUAUUGAAGAGCUCACUUCUCGGGAUCAUUCCGCCACUUCAACGUUCUUGCAUCCCAGGCGUCUCUUUCAGGGCCCAGGACUCCCGCCUUCCAAUGCCGUGCACCCACAUCCUACCCCAGGUGAUCCUCCACUUCCUUGCCAUCACUACCCUGCCCGUCGCGGUGUGACGACAUUCCUCUUUCAGUUCUCACUUCCAGAAUCUUCACCAUCCUCGAUUAAUUUUGGAUCUAGCCUGGCAAACGUUCGCUACGAGAUAAGGGCAAGUGUAUCCGUCGCCUGGAAGGGACAGAAGAGCUUCGUAAUGGAUAAGAAACUCGUAGAUGUGGUAGAAUGCUUUGAAAAAGAUCACUCGAGAAUGACUGUACCGGAAGGUUUGAUAGUGGGCGAAAACGGGAAGAUUUGGGUUCAAGGGAAGGUAGUUGGUGGGUUCAUGGUUGCUGGCCAGCCAGCGUGCAUCGAGUUACAGGUGAAGAAUCACUCUGCGAAGAAGAAUACCGGGCUUGCAGUUUCCCUUACCCGACAGCUACAUCUGUCCAGUUUGGCUUCAUCGCAGAAGCAACUUUUACAGAUAUCUGACACCUUGACGUCAGUCUCUUUUCGUGGCGCGGAAUAUAUUAUUCAAGCUGGUGCAGAAGGUGUGGCUAAUCUCGUUGUCGACGUACCCAAGGCUGCUAGAGGAGUGAAAGGAGGGAAACGCAGAGGCAACGAUGAAAGUGACAGUACGACAGAACCGCUCUUCGAAGUACGAUGCAUUGUCAGUGUAAAGCUUAGCAUGGGCAUCGGAAGCAAAGACGUCCGUCUGGACCUUCCUGUCAUGAUCUUGCAUCCUUUGGCCUUGUCCACAGUACCAUUCCCAGAUCCGUACUCUGUUUCACCCCAGCCUUACAACGGACUGAUAUAUGAUCCUAUGCCCUUAACGCUAUACCAGCCGUCCACAUCGCCUGCAUCAUACCAGCAGUAUCCUAUCAGCUCAUAUCCCUCACCUCCCACGUCACCCUUCGCGCUACCAUACCUGCAUCAAGGUCAGGUCUGGCUGCCCCCACCAUCCGCAGGACCUUUUUCACCUCCGCCCGUGUCAUAUCCGUAUUAUCACUCGGACCCUGUCAUGUCUUACAUUCCACCCCUACGUCCUACCAGUGCCGAGCCAAUCCCGUCGCAACCACUCUACGGAUUACCUACGUCUUACGUGCAGCAGCCACUGCCUUCCCUGUCAUUAAACCAGCCCAUUGCGGAGCGCGAAGAGGGCAAGGGCGAGCGCGCAUCACGCAUUACUCUCCAUCUCCGCAUGUCGUCCAGACACCGCUCAGCCUCCCCGCCUUCACAUCGCUUUGCCAUACCUGUAUCGUCCGACCCGCAUACACCUCCAACUCCACCGACGUUGUCACUUCCUGUGGAGCGUCUCACGUUGAAAGCCUAUUCGAGCUACAGCCCAUCAUCGUCUCCACAUAGUCGACCACGCCUACAGCCUCCACCCUUGGAUCUCCCUACAUCGCCUGCCUGUGCCCAGGGUUUGGUUGUUUCUCCACGUCCGAUGCUCUCGCCUAAACAUUCAUUUUCUGUCGAUCCAGUCGCGCAAGUCACACACAUCGAGAACCUAGAGCGCAUUGCUGCUCGAGUGGACAGCCACAAUGCGGACAUGUCGGUGUCGGGCGCGGAGCUCGACUUAGGGCCCAACAAUUGUACAGGUCACGAGAAUACCGCUGAUCGAGACAAGACGCUGCCCAGUCCGCCCGUCUCAACGGAUAAGGACGGUGUCGCUCAGGUGCGGACAAAGUUGGACUCGCUCUUCCCGGAAGAGACACCGACUCCGCCUACGCCUACCUUGGCUGCAGUUACAUCUCUCAAAGUCCCCUGCGUCAAUAGUGCUCAUGCCGGAGGCUUGGAUCUCAUUGGAGGAGUAAGUGGGCUAGAUGCUUUGGAAGCGAAAUUACUCGCCGAAGUGGGCACACGGAAGAUUGAGAAAGCAGCGCAUUACGCAGACGUGCGCUCAGUGCUACCUAUCUCCAUACCCCGCUCUACGGAUCAGCAAGAUCCCGCUGUCGAUUCAGCGAUCUCUAGCCUUACGCUUCCUGCCCUUGGGUCAGAGCCUCGGACGCUUAAGCGCGAAGAACCCAUUCACCAACGUGAGAUCGGUGAAGACGCGAAAUCGGAGUCGAAGAAAGCCGAAAUUCAAGGGAGCAACAAGGACGGCGGAUCAAGGAAACAUGGCGGGGAGCGUGCAAACCACAGCAAAGACGAUGAAUUUUACCGACUUAGAAAGGCAGCCCAGGGAAGAGUGGCUGCUUGGUUGGGAAGCAUUGAGCCAGAUGUUUUUCCUCAGGCGACGUCACCUCCUACCAGCCUGGAAACAGUGCUCCCUGCGCAGGAUGGCGAACGUUCCGAAGGUGACGCUGAGGCAUUGCAGGAUCUAUCAAAAAAUGUUUCUCCAGACGCUGCCAGUCCAGAUGUAUCUGCUGCUCCGAAUCCUCGAUCGUCUGGGUUUCUCCCGAUAGGCACGAUCCGUUCAAAUAUCCAGGUACCGAUUCCUACAGGGAACGUAAAUGCUCGCAAUUCUGGAAAGGACUCUCCGAAUCCAAAGACACCGCUGGCGAGAGUGGCAGUGGUACCGCCUCGAUUAGCGGCCUAUCCACUUCAGCCGCCGGAUCCCGAAGUCCGAUACGACAUCCGUUCCGCUCGUGGUGGUCGGGGUGGAAAAGUGACCGCUGUGGCAGCUAUCUGGGCCUCCGCCACGCAGCAGCAGGACAACAAUUCGAAGCCUGUCGUCAAGCAUUCCGGUGUUUCCCUUGCUAAAACCCUUGACCUUGGGAAAACACCCACCAUGAAGCCUCUCCCUCAGAAGAGCCUACCGCUGUCGGAACCUCCUAAACCUCCGUCGAAUGCGAAGCUUUCUCUUGCACCUAUUAGACCACGAGAGACGAAAGCAGCACCAGCUGUAGAUAUCUCCGCGAAACGCGGUCGAAUGACCAAGGCUAGCACUUCUCCUGCAGCUGUCUCUUCAUCUUUAGCUACGCCCAUGCUCUCUUCGACGGCUUCGCUUGCCCGUCCUACUCCACCUUUGAGUGACAGGAACAACCUCAAGCUUCCUACAUCUAUCCCUGAAAUGUCACGAUUGAAGCCUUCGGACCCGAAACCAAAUACCGCGAAAGGGGAACUAGCAUUUGGACAGGCACGAUUGAGAGAAUUGAUCAAGCGUUAUCAAGGACAAACCAAUGCAUGA